GAUGUCAUGUUUCAGUUUAACAGUUUCCUCUYUGCACAGCAUCAGGGUAGGGUUUGAAUUUCCUCUKUGAAACACUUGYUUCACACAGUAAGUGCUCUGCCUGAGAUACACUAACUGGCACUAGCACAGCGUUAGGACCGAGCCUGGACCAUCAGUCAGGGCAUCCUGUCCCCCAUCACCCUCACCUUGCUCAGCAUGGGGUACCAGAGAACUACCAUGAUCUCACUCCAGAGGAUGUUGGGCCUCCUCAUGCUCAUGCUGUUACAUGGAGUAGUUACCUUUCCUCUUGAGCUCAACCCUCCCAGAKUGGUGGUGAGAUAUGGAGACUCAGUCUCAGUCAACUGCAGCACAUCAUCCACAGACCAUGAGGGRAUGGGCUGGGAGGCCACAUACGGAGGUACAGGUUUUGAACAAGAUGUCAACGUUGUCACYUGGACUGUGGAUAAACKUACUGAUUGGACAAUAGAACCUAAAUGCUACAUCACUCUCAAUGAUGAGGGACAACCCUCAAAAGUACUUCCAGUCAUUCUCUACAAGACUCCAGACAGCGUGUCCAUCUCUGUUCUGAGCCACUCUGGUCCCAUGGUGGAGGGGACAGAGUACCAGCUGCAGUGUGACAUACAGAACAUCGCUCCUCUACAGAACCUGGUUGUGAAGUGGUACAAAGGAAAUGAACCCUUAGAUAAUGUAACUUACAGUAACGUCAGUAAGACACCAGUGGAUGUGUCAGAUACUCUGAUGAUCAGCCCCARUAGARRWGAUGAUGGAGCUCAGUAUAGAUGUAGAGCAGAACUGGACCUGGGACCAGAGGGACCACAGCAUACAGUGACAUCAGAACCUCUCAGCAUUACUGUACACUAUGCUCCUAAGUUCCUUCUUGGGAAUGACACAGUGGAGGUGAGUGCAGGCAGUGAUGUGUCUCUGAACUGCAGUGMUGAGGGGAACCCUCCUCCUGARAUGAAGUGGAACUACACCGCUGCACRCAAUGUGAAGUUGUCCACUGAGGGGCGCCAGAGGACUGUUAGAAUCACCACAGCUGGGAUCUACAUCUGCACUGCCACGAAUAGAGUUGGGACGGCCAMCAGAACAACAACAGUAACUAUGAAAGAUGACCCCACAAUUAUAAUUAUUGUAAUUAUUACAUUAGUUAUCCUGGUCAGUACCCUGAUACUCCUGAACGUCUUCUGUAUGUUGAGGAAAAUACAAGGAUAUUAUCAUUUCAUAACAAUCAACACCACAGACGUCAACCAGCCAAACAACGUUCCAAUGAUGCCACUGUCUACAACAGGGGUAGACCAAUCUGAUCCAGAGGGGUAUCCUACGAAGGUUUGAGGAGUUACCUAGGUAAAUUAGGAAAACUCUGAGUUCAACUCGGGAUAGCCAGUCAUACGAAAGUGGCUCACCCUUUAGCCAGAUACAUUUCAGAACUAAUCUGCUCCUGAGCAGGCUAACUCCAGCCCAGUAGAGGCUGCUGAGGGGAGGACGGCCCAUGAUAAUGGCUGGAACGGAGCGUGGAUGCCAUUCCACUGAUUGCGCUCCAGCCAUUUACCAAGAGCCCGUCAUCCCCAAUUAAGGUGCCACCAACCUCCUGUGAACUCCACUUACACUGAAUGAAACGACUGAGCCACGAGUUGAGGACCAAUGAAAUACGAAUCCCUCCCGCUUAUAAAGAUUGCGUCAACAUCCACUUCAUUUUAGGAUGACAAGCUUUUAUUCAUGAAAUCUUUUUGUGUGUGUACAUUUAAAAAAAAGUUUAAAAUAUAUCACAUUCCCAAUUUAGUAAUGACAGAAUGUAUUUUAAACUUCACGCAGUAACACUUUUGCAUGACAUGAAAAUGAUUUGGUCUACAAGCAACAAUGGGAUUUAAUAAAUCAAAUCGACUGCGUGAUCUGCAAAAAAAAUAUUUAAAAUGUAAGAUUAAGGUGGGGAUUCAAUUGGACUAGUAUUUUCCUUGAUUUUGAAUGUGACUUUGAGUAACAAAUCUAUGUGAGUUUACUGUUAAUGUACUUGUAUGGGAUUUGGAGUCAAUGUCAACUAUGUGUAGACUAGACACAUAGCAACUUUGGUUUUAGAAGUGGAGGGACAUAUAUAUAUAUAUUUUAAAUAUCCAGUCGGAUAAACACUCCAAACAGCCUAUGCGACCGCUCGGAGACGUCUGCAUGGUCUUAAAGCAUACCGUUGCCUCGUUUUGUAUCAAAUUCCAAUGAUAGACUGUGGGAGACAGAAAAUGCAAUUUCAGAAUGUAGGGGGGGACAUGCCCCCCAUCCCCCGUCCCCAGUGAAAGUUGCACCCCUGCUAGGAAUUACACUGUAUAAGAAAAUAACAAAAGGAAAUGUAUUACUGCCAUGUGCUGGCUGCCCUCUUGAACAAAUAGUGUUGUAAAAUUUGAGGAUUUAUGUAAGUAUGAAGUAGCUAUGUGUGUGUGUGCUUACCUCAGUCUAGAAAAUGAAUCAGAAUACUGUCGAUACAUGGGCCUUGAUUCAGUGGUACAGUUUGUUGAAUUGUGUUUAAACAAUCUUAACUAUGAGCUUUUUGUGUGACUAGCGUUUUUUAAAUGCAUUUGUAGAUUUUUGGCUGUUCAAGUGUCUUGCAUCUGUCAUCAUACAAAGGAAUUUAAUAAGAAUGUUCAUAUUUCUAUAUCAAUGCUUAAUUGUAUUGCUUGCUGUAGUCUAAUUACAGUAGAAUCUGAACAUUCAUUUUCCUUUAUAAAACUAUUUUCMAAACUGUUUUUAAAAGUAAAUAAACAAGCGUCACUGCUUAUGACAUGCCACUGCCAGUCUGUCGCCAGUGAACAUUUUAUUGAAGAAAAACUAUUUUCAAAACUGUUUUUAAAAGUAAAUAAACWAGCGUCACUGCUUAUGACAUGCCACUGCCAGUCUGUCGCCAGUGAACAUUUUAUUGAAG